AGCAGUCACCACAGCAGCUUAGAGUUAGAGCUACCCUCUAGGCACUGCCGCCGCUUCGCCGCCACCACUUCUAUACCUAUAGGUCCCUUUUUCACUGUCUCACCUGAAUUCCUCCUUGAGCUCGAUAAUGGCCUCCCUCAGCCACCCUCUCAAACCCCAUUUUCUUUCCACCCCAAAACACAAACUCCAACCAAAGAAGCUCCCCUCCAAGGUCCGCAUGUCUUUCCAAGAAUCGGGCCCAUCCGUCGCCGUCGUUGGUGUCACUGGCGCCGUAGGCCAAGAAUUCCUCUCCGUCCUCUCCGACCGUGACUUUCCUUACCGUUCCCUCAAGCUCCUUGCCUCCAAACGCUCCGCUGGCAAGUCCAUUUCCUUCCAGGACCGUACCUUCACUGUCCAAGAACUAACUUCCGAUAGCUUUAAUAACGUCGACAUCGCGCUUUUCAGUGCUGGUGGGUCGAUAAGCAAGGAGUUCGGUCCCAUUGCGGUUGAGAAAGGUGCCAUCGUGGUAGAUAACAGCUCUGCGUUUCGAAUGGUUGAUGGGGUGCCUUUAGUUAUUCCUGAAGUGAAUCCAGAAGCAAUGGAUGGGAUUAAAGUUGGGAUGAAAAAGGGUGCUUUGAUAGCAAACCCGAAUUGUUCUACAAUUAUUUGCUUAAUGGCUGCUACCCCACUUCAUCGCCGUGCCAAGGUGACUCGUAUGGUGGUUAGUACAUAUCAGGCAGCUAGUGGUGCUGGUGCUGCUGCCAUGCACGAGCUUGAGCUACAAACUCGUGAGGUCUUGGAAGGGAAACCGCCCACUUGUAAUAUCUUUAAGCAGCAAUAUGCUUUUAAUUUGUUCUCACAUAAUGCCCCUGUUCUCGAGAAUGGAUACAAUGAAGAGGAGAUGAAAAUGGUAAAAGAGACAAGGAAAAUCUGGAAUGAUGCUGAUGUUAAAGUCACUGCUACAUGCAUACGAGUCCCUGUGAUGCGUGCACAUGCUGAAAGUGUCAAUCUUCAGUUCGAGAAGCCACUUGAUGAGGACACAGCAAGAGAAAUUUUGAAAAAUGCUCCCGGGGUCAUAGUUAUUGAUGAUCGGAUUUCUAAUCACUUCCCUACGCCAUUGGAGGUAUCAAACAAAGAUGAUGUUGCAGUUGGCAGAAUUCGCCAAGAUUUGUCUCAAGAAGGAAACCAGGGGCUGGACAUCUUUGUUUGUGGUGACCAAGUACGUAAGGGAGCUGCACUUAAUGCUGUUCAGAUUGCUGAGUUGCUGUUAUGAUCUACUUUUGAUCUUGCUCGGGUAAACUUCGUUCAGGCAAUUGGAUUUGAACUUAGUAGCGUUGAGUUAGUUUAAUUCGGUCUUCAAUGUGGAUAUUUAUUAUCUUGGUGAGUUGAACCAAAUUUUGGUAGUCUUUCCAUGUACUAAACAAUUAGGUUUAUAUUUUGGCAGUUAGAAGAUGUUUUCAGUUCUGAAAAUAUAUUUAUUUGCACCAAAAUUCCCUCA